AUGCAGCAGCACGACAAAGACACCACAGCCUCGGAAAAUGCCGUUCGGCGCAACCGGCUUCGACGCAAGACGGAUUCGGCUCUCAGGGCCGCUGCACAGUCGUAUAGACAGCAGCAGCAGCAGAGGCGACGGUCGAUUGAUCUGGCAGCGGACUGGAGGGCGUCAGCAGCAAUUCCUCCGGUUCCCUCAGUUCCAUCUUUUCUUUCUCUUCAUCCAGACCAACGUGACACCAUGCGGCACCCGCAAGCGGCGCCAAGCCCACCGUGCUCCUCGCCCGUUACAGCUUCGUCUUCCCUGUCUUCAUCUUCCCCAGCCACCAGGCCUGCUGCUGCGACAACGGCUCCAACGUUAUCCCCUAUCGCAGUCCCACAGGCGCCGUUUGAUUUCCAGUUCCAGCUGCCCCUGCGGAAGAGAGCGCUGAUCUCCCACGCCCGCGCCAACGCGAACAUCACCGACAACAACAACAACAACUCCGAGUCGACCGCGCAUGAACCGCCCUCCCUUCCUCAUCCCCAUCCCCAUCCCCAUCCCGUCCAUCCGUUCGUCCCCCCGCGCGACUUCUUGUCUGAACCAUUCCGGCGAUCAGUCUCCAGUCUGCACUCGUCCACUGUCUCCAACGCCUCGUCGCAAUCCUCCUCUGUGUCCGCCGCGAAGAAGCACAGGAACUCACUGCCAUUCGUCCCCAAUGCGCACAAGCGCCAUAAACCCUCAUACGACAUAGAGAGCAAAAUGCCAGCACCAUUGUAUCAAGAUACUACCGCGCCGUUGGGCGCCAGUACACACGCUUCCGGUCCAGUGGAAAACGGCAAAGACCCGACUACGGAUGAUGCUGGAUUCAAAAGCGCUGAUAUAUUCCUGAACAUCGCCAAGGACUCUAGCCGACGCAACUCGGUGCCGCGCUCGGAAAUGAGAAGGUCUCGAUUUGGGUUUUCACGACGUAGUCUCCAACCUUCCUCGUCUCCCGAUGAUCUACGCGUUAAACAGCAAGAAACUGUCUUGCCUUACUCUCCAAACGGGUCUCCAUCCUACGAUUCUCCCAUCAGCUCGUCUGCCUCUGCUCACCCCCUAGACGACCACAGCCGUUCCCGCUUCUGGGGCUCCAGCGCGAGGUCGAGUAUCGGUCUACCCCGGAGUCGGCUCAGUCACGUCAGUCCUGACACCUCUUCAGAGGUCAACAUCGAGAGGCGAAGAUCUGUGCACGAUCCUCAUUCGUACCGCCAUACAACCCUGUCCACCAUUCGGAGUAGUCGACACCCGUCGGGUUCCGACACAACAGAGCGGCCCACGUUGGACUUCCAAAGGCCACAUCCGGAUGGAACAGAAUCGAUUCUGUCAACUACUGCGACCUCGACUGUCUGGGAUGAGUUGGAGGAUCUGAAGUUCCGCAUCCGGAAACUCGAGCAGGGGGGAAUGUCUCCGUCUCAGGCUGCCGUAUCCAACGGUUCCGCAGAAAGACCACGAACUGCGACAACGACAACAAUGACGACCGUGUCCUCGUCACCUAGACAGGCUCGCAAAGCAAGUAUUCGCUCAGGAGACUCGGAAAACGCUACUACCAUCGGCCAGGUCCACCCUCUUCUGCAGACAGCGCUGGACAAGGCAAAGGGAGUGCUAAACAGUGAAGUCUACAAGGCACUGGAGACGGCUGCCGCGGAAGCAACGUCACUUUCGAGUAUCCUGGGUGGUGGCACCGCUCUGUCAGGCGGCGCCUCUGUUGUUAGUGGCUUCGCACCGUCCGAAAGGCAUGCUAGGCGCAAAGCCGACAGUUUGUGCCGCAGCUUGACAGAACUAUGUCUUGCGUUGUCAGAUGAGCGGCUGACUGGCCAGCGAGCAGAGAGCUGUGAAGCCAAUUCAAAUCCACAGCAGACCAAUGGCACCAAAACCGAGCCACCUGUGGCCCCGAUAACGUAUCGACGCAGCCUGAAUUGUAAUGAAAUCGAAGCCGUUGAUCGGCAGCUGCAAACCAUCCGCAUUUCAGGGCGUCCCCAGGCACAUAGAAAGAGCUUCACUUCCAGCAGCAGCCCGCUUGCUAAUCCCGAUGCGAAUACGACCCCGUCUCCUAACGCACCCGCUCCGGUCCCGAACCGUCCGCACCGACUUUCGCCGUCACUUCUUCGUCCUAGGCUGCUGCUCCGUACUGAAGACAACUCCGAUAAAAGAGAGUUCAGCCGGUCUGUCUCCAGAGUCCCGGCUGAGAUUUCCACGCCAGCCACUCUGCGUCGAAUCUCCUCCAGGGAAGAUAUCUCCCGUGAUUCAACACAAGAUAACUCGCAGCAGCAGCAACCUCGUACUCCUGCCCUGUCGUCCAGCAUCCCGCUUCGGAGAAGUGCAUAUUAUACGCCUCCAGCGUCUAGCGUCAAUAUACAGCCCGGAUUCCGCCGGUAUGGUUUCCAGUCGGGCCUAACACCAUCCUCAGCGGACACAUUGAAAGACAAUGGCAUUGAUGGAGCUGCACUAUCUCAACAAGAGCCCUCCCGUACUCGAAUAAUUGCCCCGUCGACCAAGCUGGCAACUAGUAUCACACCAAUCCAGCUUACUCGGGCACGAACGAACAGUCUCGGCACGCGGAGAUUCACCCCCAGAUCACCGCGUCCAGUGACCAUAUGCGGAGAGAUAAAAACGACAGCUGACAGCCUUGAUUGACCCAUUGAAGCAUUCUGACACGGCUCUACAUCGCCACGAUGUUUAAUGCCCCGACUUGUCCGAUUACCAGUUACAACUUUGUUUUUUAUCUAACGCAGCGACCGAUACCCGUUACUUAUAUUGUACAUGAUCCCUCAGGCGGCGUUUCUGGAUUCUCUGUGUCCAUGGGAUAUAUGGAUUUGACAUCCAUACAGAGUUUUGUUUUUUUUUUUUUUUUUUUUUUCCUUGUUAAUAGGCUGUUCUUCAAGGUACGAAUCGUACCUUUUGAAUAGCCAUUCUACAGGGAAAAGACAUAAAGCUGUUGGAACUUGGACAUGGAGUUUGCUUUUUUUAAAAAAAAACUUCUAUGAUAGCUUAGCUAAUCAGUGCAAAUUUCGGAUGUCUACCUACUGUUCAUGUUCAUGGUUGCAGGGCAGAAGAGGAAGGAAAGCAUCCUCGGAGCCACGAAACGCAUCACAUUACAACAUCCAUGGUUUCUAUAUCAAUCAAUGACAAAAGAAAGAAAGAAAGAUGGGCAAAUGACAAUGGCAUUAGCAAUGGAUCCAAUCGCAUUAUAAUUAGGUGCACUACUACAUUGUUUCUUUUUAUGGGCAGAAUAGGGAUUUGUUUGUUUUUCGAUUCUCUAUGCAUUAUUAUCAUCAUCAGGAGCAGCGUCAGUUACUCUUGUACGCUUUUUCUUCCCU